AUGCGGACACCUGCCAUCAGUUUUCUGAGCUUACUGCUGCUCUGGCAGCCGGCGCGAGCAGAUAUCAAUGAUCAAACCUCCGCAAAGGUGGACCGAGGCACCUUCGAUGACCCCGCUGCCCGACUACGUCCGCGAUUUCGAUAUUGGCUACCCGAUGCCGGAGUAGAUGUACAGACUGUACAGGAUAAUAUCAAAUCUGCUGGCGCAAUUGGGGCUGGGGGAGUGGAAUUCCUCCCAUUCUACAACUACGGUGGUCAAUUGAGCCCAGAGCCUACGGGUGCCAAUUGGACCAAGGAUGGAUUUGGAACGCCUACGUUCCACAAGAUGUUUCUAGGUGCGCUUGAGGCCCACAAAGAGGCUGGUUUGGUGAUGGACUUCCCUCUUGGACCGAACCAAGGCCAAGGUGUGCCGGCUGACCCGAGCGAUGAAGGAUUACAAUGGGAUUUGAUUCCUGGUUGGGGUGCUGGUGAGCUGGUUGCAUUGGUCUCUGCUGAAGUGCUGUCUACCAAGAACGUCAGCCUCGGUACAAGCAGCGGUACAUCUCUCUUUGGAGCAGCUCAAACUUCAUAUCUUUCUCUGGUGCUCAAGAAUGGUACUCUGGUUGACUGGGGCCAGAAUGUGUCUUCCACAGGACAUGUCUCGCUCAGGUUCCCUAGUGGAUCAUCGCAUCGCCUGUUUGCAUUCUACCAGUUCCUGACCCAUGAGAAGAACCUAGAAUAUAGCAGUGGCAACGCCAAGACCAUCUGGGAUAAUGGCUCAUAUGUGGUGGACCAUUAUAGUGCGCGGGGUGCACAGGUAGUGGCCAAAUUCUGGGAAAGGUACAUACUGCCCGAUGGCGUUAAAGAAUUGUUGAUGGAGGUUGGCAACUACGGAUGGGAGGAUAGUGUUGAGAUCAGGUCGAAUAUUUCCUGGACCCCAUCACUCCCGGAGGUCUUCCAGUCAAAGUAUGGCUAUGACUUGAAGCCGUUCCUUCCGUUGAUUACAUUCAAAGACAACAAUAUCAACGUACAAAGCACCAACCCCGGUCAAUUCUACUGCGUUUUAGACACUCCCGAUCAAGGCCUUGGCUAUUUCAAUGACUUCCGUGGCGCGCUCGUGGCAGGAUACCGCAGCUACUUGGAAGAAUUGACUAGGUGGGUGAACAGAGAGCUGAACCUGCAGAUGUCAGCUCAGGUUUCAUACAACUUGCCAAUGGAUAUGGAAGCCAAUAUCCCUUUUGUGAAUGCCCCAGAGUGCGAAAGCCUUCAGUUUGAAAGCAACAUCGAUGGAUACAGGCAGUUUUCUGGCCCCGCUAACUUGGCUGGAAAGCGUGUCAUUUCCAAUGAGAUGGGGGCUGUUAUGAUGAAAGCGUAUAAUCUUCCACACAGUGAGCUAUUGGGCUAUAUCAACCGGGCUGUGAUCGGCGGCGUGAAUCAGGUGGUACUUCACGGGCAGUCAUAUACGGGUGAUUACUAUGGUACUACCUGGCCUGGCUAUACGGCGUUCGUAUACUUGUUCUCAGAACUCUACUCCGACAAGCAACCUUCCUGGGGCCAUGGCUUUGGAGACGUCUUGAACUACACAGCUCGCGUCCAGUAUCUUCAGCAAUCGGGAGUACCACGCACUGACGUGGUCAUCUAUAACAAGGUCUCUGGCACCAAUCCCAAUUUCCCAACACUAUACUCGUCAAAUGACUUGAUCGACGCUGGCUAUACCUACACAUACGUCUCUCCCGACAACUUUGCACUCCCCCAAGCCCAAGUAAAAGACAAUGUUUUUGGCUCUGAUGGUCCAGCAUACAAAGCUAUGGUUAUCACCAGUAGCAGCAAUCUUACCCUGGAGGGUGUGCAUUACAUCCAGAAGUACGCCCGUGCAGGACUACCAGUGAUCCUCAGUGGAGGUGACCCUGGUGUCUAUACAACACACGAUAGCAGGGAUACACCGGCAAUCAAACAGGCUAUCCAGGCGCUGAAGCAGUCCCGCAAUGUAUACAGCGUCUCGACCGGAAAGGUUGCUGCCAAAUUGCAGACCCUUGGUAUCAAGCCACAGGUUGCCCUUCAGACCGAUGGGACAUGGUAUUCGACCUGGAGAGAGGACGUACAGAACGGUAUGGAUCACGCAUUUGUGUUCUGCGAUGGUAAUGCGUCGACUGGUACCGUUUCUAUUGCCAGCAGCAAGACUCCUAUCUUCUUGGAUCCUUGGACUGGCCAAAAAAAGCCUGUGCUCGAAUAUACUCGUCACGGAAACCAGGUCAUCAUUCCUCUCAGCUUGGCAGCCAACCAGACAGUCGUGAUUGGUUUCAUCGAGGGUGCUCCGAAGCCCGUGCAACACGCCACCCAGCUGCCCUCGUCUGUACUCGGAUACGACUAUUCUCAAGAGUCUGGAUUUGAGCUGUACGUUUCCGCUAGCAAGGACCGUCAGUCACUAAUUCUGUCCAACGGCAAAUCUGUUAGCAUCUCCGGUACGAACGUAUCCGAGCCUUCCAAGCUGUCCAACUGGACCCUCACGGCCGAACACUGGGAGGCACCCUCGAAUAUCUCCGAUGUUGACACGGUUGCGGCCAAGCACAACACAACCCACGACCUCUCGUCUCUAGUUUCGUGGACGGAGAUCGAGGCAUUGAGAAACGUGUCCGGUCUGGGAUACUACUCGACAAGCAUCAGCUGGCCUCCAACUGGUCAUCGUUCUGCCGAUGGAGCCUAUCUCAUUCUUCCCGCCAUUUCACACGCCGCACGGAUAUAUGUUAAUGGACAAAAAGUCCCUCCAAUUGAUUUCUCCGCCCCGCGGGUGGACCUCGGUCAAUAUUUGAAGAAGGGCUCUAACCAGAUCACCGUCGUUGUUCCGACUACCAUGUGGAAUUACAUCCGCAGUAUCGCCGGCGAGAUUGAAACCGCGGACGUCCCGCUUCAACUUCUUAUGUCGGCAGUUGGAUAUACGACUCUCCCUUCCGUCACUGAUAACGGCUUGAUCGGCACUGUAACGCUAGUGCCAUAUGUGAAAGUACAUUUGGAAUAG